GGAAUCCGCUGCUUCCCAUUCCAGGCGCAGGGGCACAAUAUGGCGGAUUAGGAGGCGAGCUACGCGCCCGGAUACAACGAACAAAUCGUGGGAUACCGAUUCCCCGUGUCGCGGAGAAGGCAGGAAUAUAGGCUUUUUGGAAAGCUCACGCACAACUUUUAAGACUUCCCGAGACAUGCAUUUCAGAUACCAGUGAGCGCCUUCGUUGCUUUGCCCCACUCCAAAUUGGCUGUCUGUCCGAGAUCAUUCCUAUCACCCAGGCCCCCCACCCCGAACACACUCUUGGUUCCUGGGGUGUGGAGACAGGGGCCGGGGAAGAGGAAAACAAUCGCACUUUAUCUGGAACACCAGGCUCCGUGGCGCGGGACAGGGCUGUCAAGGAGAUCAUUGUGCGAAUGAGUGAGUGAUGCAGGUUUCGUUUCUACAGGGCAGUAUGGGUGUGUAUCCUCUGCUCCUGCUACUCCAUGUGGCCUAUGUGGCCCUCAGCACGGCCCAGAUACUCCCUGACCCUUCAGGUGCAGUCGUGACCGCCAAACCUACACAACCCCCUCCCACAUCUAUCUCUAUAGUCACCCAGGCACCCCCAUCAUCCACCCCAUCUUCAGCACCGUCCCCUGAACUUGUUGCAACAACAGCACUCAAUGACUCUGCAGGCGUGGUGACCCCAGAGGUUCCUGCCCCUCCAGCUGUCUCUACCAAGGCACCAGCCACCCCCUCAACCCCAUCUGCUGCACCACCGUCCCUCACCACCACUGGAGUUUUGGCUACAACAGAGCCCCCUACACCUGAUCUGACACCCACUCAAUCCACGUCAGAGCCUGAGACGGGCACCCCGUCUGCCCCUGCAGAGACCACCACAGCUGACAUCACCAAGCCUCCAGAUGAUGGUGGGCAAGAUGACACGGCUAUAAUGGCAGUGAUGGUCGCCCUGUCCUCUCUGCUGGUCAUCGUCUUCAUCAUCAUCAUCCUGUAUAUGCUCAGGUUUAAGAAGUACAAGCAGGCAGGGAGCCACUCCAAUUCCUUCCGCCUCACCAACGGCAGAGCUGACGACACAGAACUUCAGAGUGUGCCGCUAUUGGCCCGCUCUCCUAGUACCAACAGGAAGUACCCGCCCCUUCAUGUCGACAAGCUGGAGGAGGAAAUGAACCGGCGAAUGGCCGAUGACAAUAAACUCUUCCGGGAAGAAUUCAACUCGUUGCCUGUAUGUCCCAUUCAGGCCUCAUGUGACGCUGCCUCGAAGGAGGAGAAUAAAGAGAAGAACAGAUAUGUCAACAUCCUGCCCUAUGAUCAUUCUAGGGUGCAUUUGACUUCUCUGGAGGGAGUUCCUGACUCCGACUACAUCAACGCUUCCUACAUAAACGGAUACCAGGAGAAAAACAAAUUUAUUGCGGCACAAGGACCAAAAGAGGAAACGGUCAAUGACUUCUGGAGGAUGAUCUGGGAACAGAACACUGCCACCAUCGUAAUGGUAACCAAUCUGAAAGAAAGGAAAGAGUGUAAAUGCGCUCAGUACUGGCCUGACCAGGGAUGCUGGACCUAUGGAAAUAUCCGCGUGUCGGUGGAGGACAUGAUGGUUCUGGUUGACUAUACCAUCCGCAAGUUCUGCAUUCAGCAGGUGGGUGAUGUGUCUGGUAAGAAGCCUCAGAGGCUGGUCACACAGUUUCACUUCACCAGCUGGCCUGAUUUCGGGGUUCCCUUCACUCCCAUUGGCAUGCUGAAGUUCCUUAAGAAGGUCAAGAACUGCAACCCACAGUAUGCUGGACCCAUAGUGGUUCACUGCAGUGCUGGUGUUGGCAGGACAGGGACCUUCAUUGUGAUAGAUGCUAUGCUGGACAUGAUGGGGGCAGAGAGAAAGGUUGACGUCUUCGGAUUUGUCACACGGAUCAGAGCCCAGCGCUGUCAGAUGGUCCAGACUGAUAUGCAGUAUGUGUUUAUUUUCCAAGCUUUGCUAGAGCACUACCUGUACGGAGACACAGAGUUAGAAGUGACGUCUCUGGAGUCACACCUGAAUAAGCUGUACGCUCCUUUACCUGGAGCCGGCUGUGGAGGAAUGGAGGCAGAGUUCAAGAAACUUACCUCCAUUAAAAUCCAGAACGACAAGAUGAGAACGGGGAACUUGCCUGCCAACAUGAAGAAAAACCGUGUUUUGCAAAUCAUUCCAUAUGAGUUUAACAGAGUGAUCAUCCCUGUAAAACGAGGGGAGGAGAACACCGACUACAUUAACGCCUCUUUUAUAGAUGGUUAUAGGCAAAAGGACUCGUACAUGGCAUGUCAGGGGCCGCUGCAGCACACUAUUGAAGACUUCUGGAGGAUGAUCUGGGAGUGGAGAAGCUGCUCUAUCGUUAUGCUGACCGAGCUGGAGGAGAGAGGACAGGAGAAGUGCGCUCAGUAUUGGGCUAGUGACGGUGUGAUGGUUUGUGGAGACAUGUCCAUCGAGUUGAAGAGGGAGGAGGAAAGUGAAAGCUACACUGUCAGAGACCUUCUCGUUACCAAUAACAGAGAAAAUAAGGCUCGCGCUGUGAGGCAGUUUCAUUUCCAUGGCUGGCCAGAGGUGGGCAUCCCGUCUGAUGGGAAGGGUAUGAUCAACAUCAUCGCUGCAGUUCAGAAACAGCAGCAGCAGUCUGGAAACCACCCAAUCACUGUGCACUGCAGUGCCGGAGCGGGGCGCACAGGGACGUUCUGUGCUCUGAGCACGGUCCUGGAGCGGGUGAAGGCAGAGGGCAUUCUGGACGUUUUUCAGACGGUGAAGAGCCUAAGACUACAGAGACCGCACAUGGUGCAGACACUGGAGCAGUACGAGUUCUGCUACAAAGUGGUCCAGGAAUACAUUGAUGCCUUCUCUGACUACGCCAACUUCAAGUAAAGCCACACCCACCCGCAGAAGAUCGGACAGACUUUCCCAGACACGCACCCACACUUUCACAAAAACACCGCUGAACGAGACGGACUGCCAGCGCAAAGCAAAAGGGAAUAAAAAACUUUUGGCCGCUAGGAGCGAGAACACGUCGGUGCUGAAGAUGGAAAGAAAACAAACAAAGAAAACACCAUUAGAGAUGCCUUCUUGAAUAUUUUGUAAUAUUGCUCUUGUUUAUAAGGCCCUUACCCAUUUCUCUCAGUGUAAAUAUGCUCUUGUAUUUUUGUUUUGUUUUGUUUAAUUUGUUUGGUUUUAGAAGCCAUUCUGUUACGGUUUUUAGAGUGACCUUAAUAUAGUUAACUGGUAUAUAAAUGCAUACGUGAAUUGCGCUAUAGAGACAGAGCAGUAGCAAGAAAAGGGUGCUUUUUACUGGGUGUUUUAACAACAACUUCCUUUUUUCUCUGCAGUUGAGUGACUGAAACUAUUUGAAUGGCAGCUCAAUACCACUAUGUUGUUGCCUGUAGCUACAUAACGCGGCAAAAUCAACCAACCGUGGUGCAUCAGCGACUGUAAACACGCGCCCUCGCAGAAAACACUUCACUGUGCUUUUUGAUUGUGUUUACUGGAGUGACAGAUAUAAUUUUUGAAUCCAUUUUUUAAACAGGGACCGGUUUUUGGGCCGUGACUAAGGUCUCGCUUAGAUCUGAAGAUGUUAAGUGUGUCUUUGUGUUGUCCGUUGUGUUACAGUGUGCCGACUUUGUCCGAACUAGACAAUGGUAGGACAAACAGGAGAGUGUUAAGACCAGAGAAAUUCCACUUAAUUCCACUUAAGUUUCAUUCCAUGCCCAAACAUCUUUUCUUUUCAAGAUCGCUCUAAAAGCACCUUCUGUAGUUGUGAUUAUAAUCAAAGAAUUUAUGUAUUUACUCGCUCAGAUGUCUAAUAAUUGGCCUUAACAACUGUGCUUAUCUUCAUUUGAUGAUCCCACCGGUUUCUCUAGUUGCAAGGUACUGGUGCAAAGUUGAUCUAGAAAGUUCUAGUAGAAAUGACAUAUGAUCCCCUGAUCAUCUGUUCCUGCCCCUGUAAAGGACUUCAUGGUGCCGAAGGCAACGAGCCCUUUCCAGCUCCACUGAGCCAGUUUAUAUGACGCUUCAGUCCUAGCAUAAAGACCAGGUAGAUGGUUAAAAUGAGGACAUGUAUUAUCAUUUUAUAUUAUCACCCCUCUGUCAUUCAGAUAACCAGGUUCUUGAAACUGUUAUUAUUUCAGAUCCAUGAUAUUCCGAAUGAUGAAUUGCAGAUUUCUAUUACAGCUUGCUGUGGGCUUCAUCUUAAGGUAUUCCAUAAAACGCUGACGGAUUUGCUUGAGUAUUGUGUAAGUCGACUAACUCUUUCCACAUGAGACACCGUGCCAAUAGCAGCCUCUCGGGGGCAGGAUCCUUUUUCAGAGGUGGGAAAGUGCCUCAUCGCGUUCCUGUAGCUUCAAGCAUAUUCCCACCCGCUCUUUUGUAGCCCAUGUUCUCCCGAUCCGCUGGGACACUGUGGCCUGUACGGCGUAUGAUAAUCUGUAAUGGAACCCAAACGGUUGCUUUUCUGCAUUUUUGGUGUGUUUUCACACUGUUUUUUUCCUUUUUUGCUUACAUGCCAUAUAAAACCAUCCUGAAGGAAGCACCAGACUUCAGGACAAGUCCCUCAAAACCCAAGCUCUUAAUGUACGCAGAGCAAUCAAGAAGGGAAGCCACGUAUCUGGGGGCUCACUUCAUUCUUCAGUUGAAUGUGACAUUGAAACGGCUUGCUUGGAUAAGCGAAAGGACAAAGACUGAAAAAUAAAAGAUUCUGCUAUCCAGAAAGAAAACAUGAAAUUUUGGAUCUGAAACCUCUCUCUUUGAUUGGAUUGUUCCUAAAUUUCAAACUACAGCCUGUUUUAUGUUUCAGAAAUCCUAAUAAUGUUACCCUUUCUGAUUUUUCUUCUUGUACAUAAUGUAAGGAUAUUUAUAUUUCAUUCUUAUCUGUUGCUUUGCUUUUAUUUUAUUUGUAUCUUUAUCUUUUUUUAAGAUACUUGUAUAUUAAA